UCUUGACGUUUCCCGACGAAUUUUCGUUGAGUUUUGGUGACGUGUAAGAAAAUUCGUCGGUGUUUCUGAAAUCUCUUGAUUUUCUGCGAUUUUUCGUGUGAAAAUCUCCUUUGAAGGCGUGCAAAAGUGUUGAAAAGGCUGCAAUGAGUUCUUUCAAGCGCGAUAAGAAGGAGGAGGAAGACGGUGGCGGAAAUCCGUUCCAGAACCUCGAGAAGACCUCCGUCCUGCAGGAGACGAGAUCCUUCAACGAGACCCCCGUGAAUGCUCGCAAGUGCACGCAUAUUCUCACCAAGAUCUUGUAUCUCAUCAAUCAGGGUGAACAACUGGCUGCGCGCGAGGCGACGGAUUGCUUCUUUGCCACCACGAAGCUCUUCCAGUCGAAGGAUGUCAUUCUGCGUCGGAUGGUGUACUUGGGCAUCAAAGAGCUGAGCUCCACGGCGGACGAUGUCAUCAUCGUGACCAGCUCCCUAACGAAGGACAUGACGGGCAAAGAGGAUCUCUAUCGGGCGGCCGCCAUAAGAGCCCUGUGCAGCAUCACGGACGCCACGAUGCUCCAGGCUGUGGAGCGCUACAUGAAGCAGUGCAUUGUGGACAGGAAUGCGGCCGUGUCGUGUGCGGCUCUCGUGAGCUCCCUGCAUCUGACCUCCACGGCUGGCGAUGUGGUGAAGAGGUGGGCGAAUGAGGCACAGGAGGCGCUCAAUAGUGACAACAUCAUGGUUCAGUACCACGCUCUGGGCCUUCUCUACCACAUUCGCAAGUCUGAUCGCCUGGCGGUGUCGAAGCUGGUGAAUAAAUUGACGCGGCAGAGCCUGAAGAGUCCCUACGCUGUGUGCAUGCUCAUCCGGAUCGCGUCGAAGCUGAUCGAGGAGGAGGACCAGAGCACUGGCGGACUGCAGGACUCACCCUUGUUCGAAUUUAUUGAAUCAUGCCUGCGGCACAAGAGCGAAAUGGUCAUCUAUGAGGCGGCGCAUGCGAUUGUCAAUCUGAAGAGGACUGGGCCGCGUGAGCUGGCUCCCGCCGUGAGUAUUCUCCAACUGUUCUGCGGCUCUCCGAAGGCCACACUGCGUUUUGCUGCUGUGCGCACGAUGAACAAGGUGGCCAUGCAGCAUCCUGCCGCCGUGACGGCAUGUAAUCUCGAUCUGGAGAGCCUUAUUACUGACUCCAAUCGCUCCGUGGCCACGCUGGCCAUCACGACACUUCUCAAGACGGGCGCUGAGAGUUCAGUAGAGCGUCUGAUGAAGCAAAUUGCCACGUUCGUUGCUGAAAUCUCUGAUGAAUUCAAAGUGGUGGUCGUGCAGGCCAUCCGGGCGCUGUGCUCCAAGUUCCCACGCAAACAUCCAGUGCUCAUGAACUUCCUCAGUGGGAUGCUGCGAGAGGAGGGUGGCCUGGAAUACAAGACGUCCAUCGUCGAUACAAUCAUCACAAUCAUCGAGGAGAAUCCGGACGCUAAGGAGGCGGGAUUGUCGCACUUGUGCGAAUUUAUCGAGGAUUGCGAACACACUUCCCUUGCCGUGAGGAUCCUUCAUUUGCUGGGCAAGGAGGGACCGUUCUCCAAGUCACCAUCGCGCUACAUUCGCUUCGUCUACAAUCGCGUCAUCCUCGAGAAUGCCACAGUGCGUGCGGCCGCUGUGUCAGCCAUGGCGCAAUUUGGGGCGUCUUGUCCGGAUCUGCUGCAGAACAUCCUCGUCCUCCUGAGUCGCUGCCAAAUGGACACAGACGAUGAGGUACGCGAUCGCGCUACAUACUAUCAGACAAUCCUAAAAUCCGCCGACUUGAGUCUGUCGAAGUCCUACGUGACUCACGAUAUGAAACUUUCCCUGCCACUGCUCGAGCGAGCUCUCAAGGAGCACCUCAAUGGCGCGCUGACGGAGAGAUUUGACCUCAGCAUCGUGCCCAACACAGCUCCCGUCCAGGAAGAGACGCACAACGAUGCAAUGAUCGUGACAAAUAGUGUUCCGAAAGCCCCGAAGAUCACACGAGAGGAGGCCAAUGCCGAGAAAUUGUCACAAAUUCCUGGUAUUCAACGCUUGGGUCCCAUCCACAAGUCCUCACUUCCAGUUCAGCUCACUGAGAGUGAGACUGAGUACACGGUUUCCUGCAUAAAGCACUGUUUUGCUCAUCACAUGGUGUUCCAGUUCGAUUGUGUAAAUACACUAUCUGAUCAAUUGCUGGAGAAUGUUCGAGUGGAACUUGUGCUUCCGGAUGGAUUCAUUGCUCGUGCCGUGAUACCGUGCGCCAAGCUGCCAUACAGCGAAGUGGGCUCAACCUAUGUGAUCGUGGAGUAUCCCAGCGAUGUGCCCAGCUCUGUGGCGACAUUCUGUGCCACGCUGAAAUUUAUUGUGAAGGACUGUGAUCCCGCCACCGGUCAGCCGGACUCAGAUGAGGGCUACGAUGAUGAAUAUAUUCUGGAGGAUCUCGAGAUCACGGUGGCGGAUCAGGUGCAGAAGGCGAAGAAGAGCAAUUUCGGCGCAGCAUGGGAUGCGGCAGACACCGAAGAUUGGGUGGAAGCUGAAGAUACUUAUGCACUCUCAGCGGUGAAUACACUACAGGAGGCCGUCAAUACAAUUUUGAAAUUCCUGGGAUUGAGUGCGGCCAGCAUGUCGGAGAAGGUGGCCGAAGGGACGCACACUCACACUUUACUUUGCUCAGGAAUUUUUCGAGGGGGUGCUGAAAUCUUGGUGCGCUCGAAGCUCGCUCUUGCAGACGGUGUUAACAUGCAAUUAACGGUCAGAUCAACCGAUGCAGAUGUUGCUGAAUUGAUUACCUCAGCUGUUGGUUGAAAUUGAAUGUUGUGUGUGUCUUUUCCUGUGUCGACAGCAACAAAAUUGCUAUUUAUAAAUAGCACACACACACACACAAUAAAAAUGCAGAGGGAGA